AUCCCGCCCAUCUUAACCUAUUAGCCCACCACCACCAGCCCCACUAACAACUGCCACUUCUCCCUCAAUCACUUCAAUUUUUGGCCCUUUCAAAAUCUCUCUCAUCCACAACCCACACUUCCCUCCAGAACAUAUUCUUUUAUAUUCCUCUAAAUAUGUCCGACCUUAACUCAUGGGAAGAUGAUCCAGCUGCUCAAGAGGACAACAAUCUUUCGCAGCAAACUCAACGUAUGAAUUUGAAUGCAAAUCCCCAAGCUAGAUCAUUUCAACCGGGCGCAAAUUCCUUUCAACCUGGUGCACAAUCAUUUCAACCUGGACAGCAAUAUCAACAAUAUGGAGGAGGAUAUGAUCAAUAUGGCCAACAACAAGGUUACGCCCAAUAUCAAAACCAAGGAUAUGGCGGAUAUCCUCAAUAUGGGCAACAAGGUUACAAUCAAUAUCAACAGGGAGGCUACAAUGCUGGAGGAUACCAGCAGGGUGGAUAUAAUGCAGGAUAUGGUGAGUUCCUUCAUAAAAUUCUGAAAUAAAUGGAUUCCUUUCAAUAUGACAAGUGUAAAACUCGGCAUGGUUUGAGGGACUCUAUGCUUUUACUGUAUGUCGGUUUUGUAGGUGAUCAAAAUACUAACCAUAAUCAUUUACAGCACAACAAUAUCCUGGAUACGCUCAACAACCACAAGCAGCAGCCCAAUCAUCACAACCUCCACGGCAAACACCAGUUAUUGCCAAAAGACCAGCGGAUGGAUCUGGUUCAGCGGAUUUAAAUAAGCCUGUGGCAGUAAAGGAUGGAGCACCAAAAGUUCUUAGCAUUGGAGGAGACGCACCAAAAAUUUUGAGUAUUGGGGGCGAUGCGCCAAAGCCAAAGGCAAAGGUUCUCUCAAUUGGUACUCCAACUCCCGCGAAGAAGGAAGAGCCAAAGAAAGAGCCCGCAGCAGCAUCCGCAGAAGCAGGUGCUAAGGUUACCGCAGCAAAGGCCAUCGAGAAGGUUGAAAAGACACCCGCAGCCGCCAGCGGGAAGACAUCACCUACACCAUCAUCUGGUCGCUCAUCACCUUCUCGAACUGGGGCUGCAAAGGCAGCCGCUCGUGCCGCAGAUGCGGUUGAGCAAGAACAAGCAGCCGAUGUUGAUGAUGAGACUCUCAAAGAAAUUUACGGCAAGGAACAUGUUAACAUUAUUUUCAUUGGACACGUUGAUGCCGGAAAGUCGACACUUGGUGGUUCUAUUCUUUACGCUACUGGAAUGGUUGAUGAGAGAACUAUGGAGAAGAACAAGAAAGAGGCCAAGGAAAUGGGUCGUGAGACAUGGUAUUUGUCGUGGGCUCUCGAUUUGACAAAGGAGGAGAGAUCCAAGGGAAAGACUGUCGAGGUUGGACGAGGAUUCUUCGAGACUGAGAAGCGAAGAUAUAGUAUCUUGGAUGCCCCUGGCCAUAAAACAUAUGUGCCAAGUAUGAUUGGUGGUGCUUCACAAGCUGAUGUUGGAAUUUUGGUCAUUUCUGCUCGUAAGGGAGAAUACGAAACUGGUUUCGAAAAGGGAGGUCAAACCCGUGAGCACGCUAUGUUGGCAAAAACCCAAGGUGUCAACAAACUUAUUGUGGUUAUCAACAAAAUGGAUGACUCAACCGUCGAAUGGUCCCACGAGAGAUACAAGGAGUGCACAACCAAAUUAUCUCAAUUCUUGAAAGGUACUGGUUACAAUCUCAAGACCGAUGUAUUCUUCAUGCCAAUCGCAGCACAACAAACAAUGGGUAUCAAGGACCGUAUCCCAGAGGGUGUGGCUCCGUGGUAUGAUGGACCAUCUCUACUUGAAUUCCUCGACAACAUGACACAACUUGAACGUAAAGUCAAUGCACCAUUCAUGAUGCCUAUCAACGGAAAAUAUAGAGAUAUGGGUACUCUCGUCGAGGGUAAGAUAGAAUCUGGUGUCGUAAAGAAGGGAAUGAACCUCGUCAUGAUGCCCAACAAAGAAAAGGUCGAAGUCAUGGUAGCAUAUGGAGAGACCGAAGAAGAAAUUCCCGCCGGACAGUGUGGAGAUCAAAUUCGUCUUCGUCUACGUGGUAUCGAAGAAGAAGAUAUUCUUCCAGGUUUUGUUCUUUGCUCACCAAAACGUCUCGUUCACUGCGUUACUACAUUCGAAGCUCAAAUCAGAGUUUUGGAUCUAAAGAAUAUUUUAUCUGCUGGUUUCAAUUGUGUCAUGCAUGUGCAUUCUGCUAUUGAAGAAGUUACUUUCGCGGCAUUAUUGCACAAGUUGCAAAAGGGCACCAAUAGAAAGAGUAAAGUUCCACCCACUCAUGCCAAGAAGGGUGAUAGCAUUAUUGCGAGAAUGGAAGUUAUUGGAGGUGCUGGAAGUGUUUGUGUGGAGAAAUUUGAGGAUUACCCACAAUUGGGUAGAUUUACUCUUAGAGAUCAGGUAUGUGGCUGCAUACUUUUUUGAUUCAUCCUUCUCUCCUCUCGUCAAGAAUAGGAGAAAUUAGAAAGAAAUGGACUAACAUAUUAAUACAGGGACAAACCAUCGCCAUUGGUAAAAUCACAAAGUUGGUCACGGAGGAGGAAGCCGCUGCUUAAUCCUAUACUAAAAACGUGUAAAUAGAUCAUGAUUGGGAGGGAGAUAGGAAUUGGGAUGGAAAUGGAAAUGGGGACGGGGAUGGGGAUGGG